AUGUCCGUCGACGAAGAACACAAAGUCACCAUCAGCCUUGGUGAGCUCUCCCAGCUGCUUCGAGCCGUGCAGGUCCCCAAGGUCCCCAAGUCGGGUCUGGGCAAUCCUGGUCCGCUGGGCCUGGGCGCUUUCGCACUGACCACGAUGACUCUCUCCAUCUACAACGCCGGCAUCUUGACCGACACCAGCGGCCUCGUCGUCGCUGUCGCCCUCUUCUACGGCGGCAUCGCCCAAUUCAUCGCCGGUCUCUACGAGUACAGAAUUUCGAACACGUUCGGCGCGACUGCGUUCUGCAGCUACGGCGCGUUCUGGUGCAGCUACGCGGGCUACGUCUACUUCAUCGUGCCCUCCCUGCCUGCGGACAAGGUCCACGAGGCGUCAGGCCUCUUCCUGCUGAUGUGGCUCAUCUUCACCCUCUACAUGACCGCCGCCUCCUUCCGGGUGUCGCUCGUACUGGCCGUGCUCUUCGUCGUGCUCAGCAUCACCUUCCUGCUCCUCUGCAUCGGCGACUUUGCUGAGGCCCCAAAUGUGACCAAGGCCGGCGGCGCGUUUGGAAUCUUGACGGCGAUCAUCGCCUGGUAUGGAAGCGCGGCGGUGGUGAUCAACUCCACGUGGGGCCGCACCAUGCUGCCCGUUGGCGUCUUCGUUCAGCCCAAGAAGAAAGUGGCGAAGCAAGAUGAGCAGAACAUGAUUCCGCUGCUGGACAUCAGGAGAGGCUCGGGCGACAGCAGCGACGAGCUGAGCCACGAUGAUGGCGACCUCGAGAGCGGCAAGACCACCAAGAAGGGCGAGAGCGAGCCCGCCAAGAAGAAGGGCGUCAUCAACUCCAUCAAGCAGAAGGCCCUUGGCCACUAA